CAUCCGCAGGCGGCUUGUCUGGGUCUGAAAAGGCCGGCCUCGGGCCCCACGCCGCCAUCCUCGCCAGGCUGGAGGAGCCCGAGGAGCCGGGUUCUGGGGCGGCGUGCCGUUUCGGGUCUGGGAAGCCCCUGGAAUGCAGCUUGGAUUAAUUAGGAGAAAGUCAGUUGCCCCAGCAAGUGGGAAUCCAGGAAGAAGCAGAUUCAAACAGGUGUAUGACUACUUAAUUGUCAUUGAUUUUGAGUCCACAUGCUGGAAAGAUGGGAAACAACACAGGAGUCCUGAAAUAAUUGAAUUUCCAGCAGUUUUGUUGAGUACGGCAACUGGAGAGAUUGAAUCUGAGUUCCAUGCUUAUGUUCAACCUCAGGAGCAUCCAGUUCUUUCUGAAUUUUGCACAGAACUGACAGGGAUAAAGCAGACUGGACUUAAAGUGUAUACUUCUGUGAAACUCUGGCGUUACCAGCCUCGUUUCUCUCACCUCGUUGAACUCAAGUCACUGCAUUGUUUCUCGCCUAUAAUCUCAGCAUGUUUGUACCAGGUUCAAGUUGAUGAAGGAGUCCCUCUGAAGAUUUGCUUAUCUCAGUUCUGUAAAUGGAUUCAUAAGAUUCAGCAACAAAAGAAAAUCAUUUUUGCUCCUAGGGAUUCAGAGCCUUCUCCUUCUGAAGUAAAAUUGUGUGCUUUUGUUACCUGGUCAGACUGGGACUUGGGGGUUUGCCUAGAAUAUGAGUGUAGAAGAAAGCAGCUGCUAAAACCCGGGUUCCUGAAUUCUUGGAUUGAUCUCAGAGCAACUUACAAGCUUUUUUAUAAGCGAAAACCCAAAGGACUAAAUGGUGCGUUGCAGGAAGUGGGAAUAGAAUUUUCAGGACGAGAACAUUCUGGCUUAGAUGAUUCUCGGAACACUGCUCUUCUUGCUUGGAAAAUGAUCAGGGAUGGUUGCCUAAUGAAAAUUACCAGAUCCUUGAACAAGGUUCUCACUAAGAGGAAUCCCAAGAUUUUGGUCAGAAAUUUGGGCACAGAUCAAACUGAAGAAACAUCUGCCUGCAACACUAGCAUCCAGGGUCCCAGUGUACAUCGAAAGGAGCCCAAAAGUACAGUAAAUACCCAGGAAAAUGCUCAAAUGAAUUUAGUUUGUGUGAAUUCCUCUAUAAAGGACCAGUUACAGCUAAAGACCAAAUCAGGUCUUCACAAUGUCAAAUGUGGCUUAACUUCUUUCACUUCUAAGCCCUCGACCUCUGUGAAACAACUGUGUUCUCCCACCUUGAAUCCAUCUCUCUUUAUGCAGAAGCAAAGAAGAAGUGAACAGUUAGCACCGAAUAACACUUCAAGGUCCUCGGCACUUAACUCCAACUUGGUACUUGUGUCUACAACCAUUCCAUCUGUUAAUGUUGUUUCUGAUGGAGAAGUGGGUUGUACUGUUGACUGUUUACCUAUGUUGACUGAGUGGGAAGAUGUAGUUUUACUGCCAGCAUCUCAGGCUGAACAAGAUAAAGAUUGUGUGCCUCGUGUUAGUAACACAAAUGUAGAGACUUCAUUUAAUUCUGGAGAGAGAUCGAUAGUUUUAGAAGAACCAGAAACCCUUAGUUAUGAAAACUUUGACAAUCCCAAGGAAACUCCUCAAAACUUUGAGACACCUAAGUGUAUUGUGUAUAAGAGUCCUCACAGUACAGUCUAUAAUGUAAAAGAAGCCAAACAUCCGAGUUCAGAUGCUUCUGCUUUUAAAUUGCCUGAAUGCAAACCAUUUACCAUCAACAGUCUUAAUGCCAAUGCCUCACAUCCUUCGGUUUUGAGGAAACAACCUCUUUUUUUAGGUGGUACUAAAAGGAAUUCAUCUAGUCCCCCAGCUUUCCCACGAGCCAAAAAGCAGACCUUCACUAUUCAUGAUGAAAAGUCUGCAUCAUCUACAUGCUCCCCAGGAACUUCUUCCCGGAAAGUUCUUUCCUCUGUAUUGACAUCCACAGUUAACCUACAAGAGCCUUGGGAGAGCGGGAAGAUGACACCUCCCUUAUGCAAGUGUGGCAGAAGGUCUAAGCGGCUUGUUGUUUCCAAUAAUGGACCAAACCAUGGGAAAGUCUUCUACUGUUGCCCUGUUGGGAAGUUCCAAGAAGACAGAAAAUGCUGCAGUUAUUUUAAAUGGGAACAAACACUUCAAAAGGAAAGAGCCAAUAGCAGAGCUCUGUCUCAUUCCCCAGGACUCACUUUCAGCUCUCCAGAAACAAGUCAUAUUCAUGAUAGAAAUUUGAGUUUUCCUAUUAAAAAUUCUUUACGACUCAGACCUUCAAUGAGAAAUUGAUAAAUUCUCCUCUAAACUGUUUUUUACUUCAGUAUAAGCUUCAUGUGACUUUUAUACCGGAAAAUAAAAGUAUCAGGGUCAAGUUUCAAGGUCUCAGUAUUCCUGCAACCACAGCUACACUGGAGUAGUUCACACGGAGGGGAAGUAAUUUGCAUGACUUUUACUCUUGCCCAGUAGUUUUCUGACAACUGUCCCUUGUCUGUUCUUGUAGGAAUCCUCAUUCCCUAAAUUCUCUAAUGUGUAUUUGGAUAAUGUCACAGAACUAUAUUUCAUAUAUUAACAUUUGCUGAAUUUAUCAAACUAUCAUGAGCCACAAGAAAAAAAAUCCUUUUAUAAACCAUAUUUAUUUACUAAGUAGCCAUAGCACAUGACAGCUUUCUCUUGUAGACCUUGAAGCAAAUUUCACACUAUUUUUAAAUUACUUGAGUGAAAAUAUGACUAAUAAAUUCUUAUUCAACUUUUAGGUAAAUAUUCUAAGAAUUAUGACAAUUUUCUAAAAACAAGUUACUUUGUUUUUUUAAGAGUUUUAAUAUUUGUUCUGAUUUGUAUAUUAACACAUUAG